AACAGUGUUAUUUGGUUCUGUGCCAUCCUCAAUAAAUUGACCCAAAAGAAAAAAACCUUAUAUAAACCUUGCUUCUUUAACUUCCAUCUAUCUUUCUAUUUCAUACUCACCUCCCUUAUUCAAACUUUUUUCAUAGAAAUAAUAAUAGUAUUCCGUCUUUGGUUCUUCACACAAAGGGUCCCUUUUUUCUAGCUGUUAUUUUCACGGGGAAAGUCAAUUUAAAACCGAAAACAGAUCAGCAAUGCCGUUGCUUGUUUAUCUUUCGCAAGUUAUAGCAUUGUCGAUCUUGUUCAUCCCUGAGGUGUGUCUCGCCGGUAAAAACAUUCCGGCAAGUUUUGUGUUCGGAGAUUCAUUAGUGGAUGCCGGAAACAACAACUAUCUAACCACAUUAUCAAAGGCUAACUAUGAUCCUAAUGGGAUUGAUUUUGGAUCGGCUACAGGAAGAUUCACCAACGGAAGAACCAUCGUCGAUAUCGUAAUUCAGGCAUUAGGUUCCGAUGAACUAACUCCACCGAACUUAGCACCCACGACAAGAGGAUCCCUCGUUCUCAAAGGCGUAAAUUAUGCUUCCGGCGGAAGUGGAAUUCUUAACUCCACCGGAAAAUUAUUUGGAGACCGGAUAAAUGUGGAUGCACAACUAGACAACUUUGCAACCACGAGACAAGACAUCAUUUCUUGGAUCGGUGAAUCCGCGGCAGCUAAAUUAUUCCGGUCAGCAAUUUUCUCGGUUACAACCGGUUCUAACGAUCUAAUCAACAAUUAUUUCACUCCGGUCGUAUCAACUCUUGAACGGAAAGUCGUGCCUCCAGAAGACUUUGUUGAUACAAUGAUCUCAAGAUUCAGAUUACAACUCACCAGAUUGUACCAAUUGGGCGCAAGGAAAAUCGUGGUGAUUAAUGUAGGUCCGGUUGGUUGUAUACCGUUUUCGAGAGAGUCUGAUCCAACGGCAGGAAAUGAAUGCUCGGUGGAACCGAAUGAAGUGGCACAAAUGUAUAAUCUCCAGCUUAAGACAGUCGUGGAUGAUUUAAACGCUAAUCUACAAGGUUCAAGAUUUGUCUACGCAGAUGUUUUUCGCAUUGUUUAUGAUAUCAUCCAAAACUAUGGAUCUUACGGUUUUGAGAGUGAGAAGGUUCCGUGUUGUUCGUUAGCUGGGAAGGUAGGUGGGCUGAUUCCAUGUGGACCAUCUUCCAAAGUAUGUGUGGAUCGUUCCAAAUACGUAUUUUGGGAUCCUUACCAUCCUACAGAAGCUGCUAACAUCAUCAUUGCCCGGCGUCUCCUCUCCGGCGAUACCUCUGAUAUUUUCCCGAUUAAUAUCCGGCAACUCGCUAACCUUAAGCUAAACACAUAAAUCUUGAAGAUAAAAGCCCAUGUAGAUGGGGUUGGCCCGGGUAGCUAUUGGGGUUUGCAUUUUGAUCUAGUUAAUUCUUUGUUUGUUUUAAUAUUUUGUCUAAUCUCUCAAAGAAAUUAGAAACGAUUAAUGUAGUUGGCUUUCCAUUGUUUCAAUAAAUCUUCUCAGCAUCUAAGAGCAUCUUUAACGGUUAUAUACCGUAAUAGGUUUUUAAGAAUAAAAUUAUUACUAUUUUAUUUGCAUGUCCAUGUUCAAUUUUUCUUUCUGAAAAUUAACACUUUAAUUUGCUGAUAGCUGUAGAAUCCCUUCUUCAUAAUAUCUAGGUUGCAACUGGAUGUGUGUUUUUUGGAAUAGAAAUCUUUGGAAUGGCUAAUUCCUAUAGAUUCCAAAUUUUUUUUACCAUUUACAUGGAAUAGAAAAUAGAUCACAUUCUAAAGAAGCAUAAAAAAAGAUUUAUCUUUACUCUCUCUCCUAUCUUCUGAUUAAUUUUAUUUUUCAAAAGAUGAAAAUUUAGGGAAGAACCCUACGUUAAAAAUGUUCUAAAACAUGUCUAAUGGAGAAAUCUCUUAAAAUA